UAAACAGAAAAGGAAAGGCAAAGAAGAGCUGUCAGCGCUCAGCCAUUUUGGGGCAGGCCGUUGAUCGUGCAGCUUUGUGUUGCGAUUCUUAGCUCCUGAAACACACAUUGAAACCAAACGCAAACACGUUGGACGACGCGUCGUUAAACAUGGGUCCACCGGGAGACAGAACGCGCCACACGUCGACUGAAAGAACUGGGGACUCCAGCUGGGUGGUCGAUUUAUCUUGACAUGGCUUAUGCCGCAGGGCGAGCCGUAGCUUGUGACGACGGAAGAAAAGAAGACACGCAGCCAAACAUCUCCGAACUAGAGUCGCGUGAGGGAGAGAUUCGCACCGGCGUUCUGGUCGUCCAAACACUUGUCCGACUGCCAGUCCGUGUUUGAUUUGUUUUUGUGGAAGUAGUUAGCGAGACACCGCCGAAGCUAAGACACGCUACGAUGCUGCGCUCAGGCAGAAGCUAGUGAGAGUCGGGCCGCAGGUCACUGACACUGAAAGAUGACGACACGUUAGCCAGACUACUUCGGAUAGGACUCUUAACCUCGAUCCGCCAGGAAAUAAGAUGUAGCUGCGCAGUUGGUUCACUACUAGUUAGUGUCGGAGGCUUGCUAGCUCACCUCGGCUAGUGUGCUAAAAAUAGCCCGCGUCAUGACUCGCACGAGUGACAGUGGUCGUGUGCCAAGCGAUUGGCAGUGAAAGUCGUGAAAAUGUCGCAUUUUACUGCGGUCUUCGGUGUUCUAACCCGUGCCAACAUCUCCCUGGCAUUUGUAGCUAUCGGCCAUGUUCGUCCAUAUUCCCACGCUGUCCGUAAGAUCGCCUUGAACCCAGUCUCUGCACAGGAAUGGACGCAGCCACGGAUGAGGGAUUCUGAUAAUAUGACCCAUGGUGUGAAGCACUCGGCUGCUUAGUCUACGCAAUUUAUGAGCAAACACAUCAGUUGUUUUAGUUUCAAACGUUUCACUGACCAGACGCUGCCACGUUGAUCAGUCCAGGACAGGUGGGAGCUGUUUUUGCACUUUUUUGAUCUCAGAAAUUGGCCAAUGGUUUGUUGAUCGGUCUCCCUUGUCAACACUGCCAUCCAUUUGAAAAUGACGUGAGUUUAUUUCUACAUCCUUAGUGGUAAGUUAGUUCAUCUAAAAGGCCUAGAUUAUCAGACGUGUGGGUAGUCUGCGCCAUCCUCGCACUUUCGAACACAUCGGUAGAACGUGGACACAUUCCUCUGUCCUGAGAAGACAAAAGCAGUCCAAAGAUGGGGGACCCAACUUCACGACGAAAUCAAACAAGGAAUCGACUUCGAGCUCAACUGCGGAAGAAAAGAGAGUCUUUGGCCGACCAGUUUGACUUCAAGAUUUAUAUAGCCUUUGUUUUCAAAGAUAAGAAGAAGAAGUCUGCCCUCUUUGAGGUGUCUGAAGUGGUGCCUGUGAUGACCAACAACUAUGAAGAAAACAUCUUAAGAGGUGUGCGGGAUUCCAGCUACACUCUGGAGAGCUCAAUAGAGCUCUUGCAAAAAGAUGUUGUGCAGCUACAUGCCCCCCGCUACCAGUCAAUGCGAAGGGAUGUGAUAGGAUGCACCCAGGAGAUGGACUUCAUCCUUUGGCCGCGCAAUGAUAUUGAAAAGAUUGUCUGUCUGCUGUUCUCCAGAUGGAAGGGGGCUGAGGAUGAGCCAUUCAGGCCUGUUCAGGCCAAGUUUGAAUUUCACCAUGGAGACUAUGAGAAGCAGUGCUUGCUCGCGGUGAGUCGCAAAGACAAGGCUGGUAUGGUCAUGAACAACCCAAAUCAGUCUGUGUUCCUCUUCAUGGAUAGACAUCAACUACAGACUCCUAAAACCAAGGCCACCGUCUUCAAGUUGUGCAGCUUGUGUCUGUACUUGCCCCAGGAUCAGCUGACCUGCUGGGGUGUGGGAGACAUCGAGGACCACCUCCGGCCCUACAUGCCUGACUAGGGCGCCCUGCUCCUCCCACACAGAACAACACCCCAACCCUGCUCACCUAAACCUACCAAAUUGAUGUACUCCACCUGUUUUCCUUUGAAAGAUUUGAACUUGUGCUUGGAUCUUUUUUUUUUUUUUUUUGUUCCCUGCUUGUUCCUUCUUCACCCUUAUCCCCUUCAAGUCCUCCCUGCCAUUUUUUUGGAUUGGUUCCGCUGUUCCCCAUUUGAAAUCCCACCUCAUUCUCAUUUCCA